AAUGCUAACGUUGAACUGUUAAUGAUGUUGAACACACAACUUACACUUGCAUGCCAGUAACAGUCGUGAUAGCAGCCAUAGUGUCAGUAGUUAACACGCCGUACCAGCCCUGUGGCAGGCGCUGUUUGGAGUGCUGGGCUGGUAUCAGGUGAUUUAAGUCUCAUAGCAGGCCGGUGAGUGGGGUGGGGGCAUUGCUCUCACCCACCCUCCCUGGCCAACAGUCACUCAGCUCAGCUGGGCCCUGUCCUGGUCUAACUAUAGAGUUUGUGCUCCUGGCCACUUGGCCAUCCUACUUCCAAACAGUGUUGUUUCUCCAGCCCUUGAGAGUGUUGGGUGCUUUGUGUAAGGUAAGGCACCUGGGCCACAGUUUUAACCUGGUGAGUUUUUUAAGACGGUGCACUUCCUUGAGUCUCUGAAAGGCUGGGGCUCAGUGUUAAUGGGAGAGGAUGUCACCUACCUUUCCCUGGCAACAAUUUCCUCACCAUCUGUUUCUGCCCCUGGAACUUGGAGGCCCCCUAGAUAUCACCUCCUCUGAAUCCGUGAGGCUACAGGCCCAGCCUCUCUAUGGAUGAGGAUGAGUCUUCACCACAGGGGCUGUGCCCACUCUUUGGGCUCUUGACCCUUGGGUCCCUCUGUGGAACACUGACCACUUGGGGAGGUGUGGGGCCAUGCACAGGGCCUGCUUCUCGAGUGCAAGUUGGAGGCGAGCUUGUGCUUGCUCUAUAGGCAGCAGUUCUGGACUUGCUAGAAGGCUAACACAUGAGGGAACUGUCCCUUCUGUGUGCGUCCGCGAUAGCGACUCACUCUAGAUGUGGGCCCAGGAACGUCCACGCGACCUGCCACAGUCCUGGGUCCUGAUACCGGAGCUCCUACCCCUCGAGAGGGUGAGCGUCCAGGCUCAUGGGUGCCCUGGCUGUUCUACAAGAGUCUGAGGAGGGAGGGAGGAGAGGUGCGUUUGGCACUGGGCUUGUUAAUGAGGGAGUUUAGGUGAGACUCCUUGAGUGCAGGGCAGGGUGGGGGUUCUUGGUCCCCGUGAGCACGCCCAGGGCUCUCCCCGAGGGUGUGGGCUGAGGGGAAGUCCCAUGUCUCGGGUGCUCUCCAUGGGAGACCUGAGUAACAUGGGCUGUAGGCCUUAGUGGUGUUGGUACCUGGUGCUUUUCUUGUUUGUUUGCUUCUGGCUUUGAAGUUGAUAUCAGCAGAGUAAGUUUAUGUAGGAGGUGCUUGCAGUAGGUGGUUGAGAAGACAGGUGAUGUAACUUUAUGAUGUUAAGGAACCAGAUUACAAACUCCAGGGCCUCUGUCCUAUUGAUUGCUGGGUAAGGGGUGGGGUCAGGGGCAGGGCCAGGGUGAACUUCAGUUCUUUCCAUGCAUUUCCCUGGAGCUCAGCGCCUUCCCUUUGUUACUGGUGAAGAAGCUUUUGGAGAAGGGGAGCAGGGUUAGUUUUAACACCAUGGCGAGGACAGUCCCCCACCCCUCCAUGUCCAGCAGACAUCAUCCUGGAGGGGGCGCUUUACCUUUGGGGCAUAAGCCCCUUUGGGAUCUGAUGGGCCCCUCAGAACAGCACCCACCCUUGGUACAUCUGACAUCCAGUUCAUCCACGUUUGACCAGCCAGGGCCUUUGCAGCUCAGAGCUGGCUCCAGUGGGCCUUUUCUCUGGCCCUGGCAAGGAAGAGGGGCCCAGGUUGUCUGGGGGGGCCUGAGAAGAGGGUCCUGUGCUGUGAACCCGGUGACUCUGGAGGCAAGAGAAGCGCUGAGACUGCAGCCCCCCCAGAGACUGAAAAUGGUGCCCCCAAGAUUCCUCCUGUCGGGGUGGCAUGGCCAGCCCGCCCACAGUCCUGUCUGAUGACCUGUCCCCAACCUGCGAGCUGAUGCCCUUGAACCUUAACUUCCAAACCCCCUCCGUGCAGCUCAGCUGCAUCCUGGAAUUGGUGUCAGGAUGUGUUUAGCCUGAAAAGCUGGAAGCCCCUGACUGGCGAAGGACCCGGAGGAGGUAUGGCGUCCCGUGGCUGUGCGGAUGUGGGGCUGCCGUGGGGAGUGGACCCGCUUUGGAGGGGUCACUUCCUCCCUGGGCCGACGAGCUUCUUGGGAUCCAAGCCCGUUAUUGCUGGAGGCUGUCCUGGGCCGGUGCCCCCUAGGGUGGUGUGUCAUGCGUCUCCCUCCAACCCCUGCUGGGGCUGUGCCCGGGCUUCUUGAAGCUGCUUAUCAGCUUUGCGGAUUCUGAUUAAUCCUGCCUGGAGUCUAAUUACUUUUUUCUGUCAUUGUUUUCCCCGAGUUGAUUCCAUUAUGCCUCCUCGAGGGGCUGCGCUGGCACCGAGGAGCAGAGGUGGUCCAGCGACUGCCGAGCCCCUGGCAGCACCCCGGGCCAGGUGGGGCCUCCUGCUCAAUUCUCAGUCCCCUCCUCCUUCUCCCAAGAGGCAGGCAGGGGUCUGAUGGUCCCUGUGGGGGGAAUGUAGUUCUUUUAAGCUUCAAUUUCUGUCUCAAGCUGACACUUGGUGUCCUAGCUGCUGUGAGCCAGGAUAGAUGCCAGCUGUUUUUCUUUUAUUAAAAAAAAAAUUUACUUGGCUGUGCUGGGUCUUCAUUGCUGCAUGCGGGCUUUCUCUAGUUUUGGUGAGCGGGGGCUACUCUCCUUUCAGUGUGUGAGCUUCUCACUGCAGGGGCGUUUAUUGCCGCAGAGCAUGAGCUCCAGAGGCAUGUGGGCUUCAGCCAAUUGGUGGUGCUCAGGCUCAGUUGUUCUGAGACAUGUGGGAUCUUCCUGGAUCGGGGAUAGAACCCAUGUCCCUUGGGUUGCAAGGCAGAUUCUUAACCAGUGGACCACCAGGGAAGCCCGAAUGUCAGCACUUUAUGGGGAGAGUGGGUCCUUGGCAGCCCUCGGUGAUGACAGAGCCGGGCCCGGCUCUUCUGUGAUGAAGCCUCACGUGUAGAUAGAUGGCAGGUGUUUCUGUGUGAAGCGGUGGCAUGGCUCCUGUCUAAGGACUGUGGUGAGGAGGUGCACGGCCCUGACCUUCACGGCCUCUGAGGAGAAGAUCCUGGUGGCGGACAAGUCUGGCGAUGUGUACUCCUUCUCGGUGCUGGAGCCGCACGGGGGCGGCAGGCUUGAACUCGGACACCUGUCGAUGCUGCUGGAUGUGGCUGUGAGUCCCGACGACCGCUUUGUCCUCACCGCUGACCGGGACGAGAAGAUCCGGGUGAGCUGGGCCGCAGCUCCACACAGCAUUGAGUCCUUCUGCCUGGGACACACCGAGUUCGUGAGCCGCAUCUUCGUGGUGCCCAACCACCCCGAGCUGCUCUUGUCGUCCUCCGGGGACCGCACCCUGAGGCUCUGGGAGUACCGAAGUGGCCGCGAGUUACACUGUUGUCCCCUGACCAGCCUGCAGGAUCCCACGGAGCCCUGGAGUGACAAGAGGUUUGCCGUGUCCAGGAUCACUUACUGGAGCCAGGAGGACUGUGUGGCGCUCUCGUGUGAUGGGCUGCCCGUGGUCUACAUCUUCCAGCUGGAUGCUGCCCAGCGACAGCUGGUUCCAAGGCAGUUGCUGACUUUCCAGCACCGGGUGUGGGAUGCCGCCUUCGAGGAGGGCAACGGGCUGUGGGUCCUGCAAGACUGCCGGGAGGAUCCUCUUGUGCUCUACAGGCCCGUGGGUGGCCAGUGGCAGUCUGUUCCUGAAAGUGCCGAGUUGAAGAGGGUCUGUGCUCAUGUUCGCGUGAACUGGGCCAUGUUGGAAGGCUGUGCUGGCAUGGACAGUGGCUUCAGCAGCCUCUACAAGGCCACCUGUGACAACAUGACCACUUACCUGAAGAAGAAGGAGGAGCGGCUGCAGCAGCAGCUGGAGAAGAAGCGGCGCCAGGCCCCGCCGUCCGGGCCCAAUGGGCCAACGAAGAAGAUGAGGGCAGGGGAGUCGGCACAGGGCUGCUCGUCCUAGCGCUCGGGGUGCCCCUUGGGGAGGCACGGUGCUGCCCUCUCCCCUCGCUCCCACAGCUCCCUGACUUGGGCUGGGUGGUGGCGAGGUCCAUCCCGGCUCAGCGGACCCCUGGGGCCGUGCCGGGCAGCUGGACGGGACCAUGGGCUCUAGAACUUUCUGUCCUCAAAGCUGUGCCACAGGUCAGCGUCGCUGGAGACGCUGCACGAGAGUAGUAAGUAUACUCUUCACCUCCCUUCCCCUUGGAGGGUGAUCACCUGUGGGCCUGGUGCUCUUCCUUCCUGCUCGUCCCGCAGCGCAGCGGGCUUCCUAUCGGGAGCCUGGAGGCUGACGUCUUUGCAGCAGCGCGGUGGAUACCCACGCUGUUCUCUGCUUGCCCUUCUGGAUGGUCUGCCGUGCUGUCCAGCAGGCGGCCAUGUGCCCCAUAGGCUGUUAGCCCAAGAGGAGUAAAUACUGGCUCCCAGUGCUUAGGCUCCGUGGAGCGAGGAGAGCUCGUCGCCAGCGUUGGUGGAGACAGGCCCGUUCACGGGCGUGUAAGAACUGGGGAGCCCCGGCUGGACACUCACUCACUCCGCAGGGAGGUGACUGGUGACGUGUAUGUUUGAUUUUGAUCUGCACUUUGUGCACGUGCAGCAGAGCAGGAAAGCCAGCUGUGUGCUAAUUCCUGAUCAAUAAAGAUGAGUUUUUCUACAGCUUCUGGAAAAUUGAGCAGCAACACCUGGAACUGAUUUCAAAAUAUAUCGAGCAGAACCGUGUACGAUGA